AUGUAUGAUGUACUCAGGAAGAUCCACUGGUCUCCACAGCUAAGAAUCAUCCCAAGCGUGGAGGCAAGCGCUACUGAAAGCGAUAUGCCAUGGCUACCGUUAAGUAAGAUUUUUGAGGGUCUUUUUCUGACGUGUGAGGAGACUGUAUCUAAUCGUCGUUUUGCACAAAGUAGUGGGAUUUCCCUUAUUCUGACAUUGAAUGGAGGCGAUUAUGUAGCUCCCUAUAGAGUGUAUGAAUAUUCUUCUGAUAUGCAACGCUGCGUUUAUACCAAAUUGACUUCGUUUUCUGAAUUUCUAACUCGACUUGAUCGUUACACUUGUCAAGAAAUACCCGAUGAGGUUCAAUUUCGGAAGGUCUUCCUCCGCUCGGUUCCGGCUGAAGACAGUCCAUCGUAUGAUAUUAGUUGUCACUUUCCUGAAUUAUGUACACUUAUCGAGCUGGUGAUGGUAAAUAGAAAAAAUAUGCAAAACUCUUCUCUAGCUUUACAUGCGAUGGCGGUGAAUUGUCUUGUGGGUGUGAGUCGUUCUGUUACAGUGGUUGCCGCCUAUAUUAUGAAGCGAAGCGGAUGCUCCAAAGACGAAGCACUCAUAAUGGUGAAAAAUGCCCGUCCUGUGGCAAAUCCCAAUCCUGGGUUUCACGCUCAUCUUUUGUCCUGGGGAAACGCGGGGUAUUAUCGGGUGGUGGAUUGCUUGACUGCUUUGCUGGCCGCCAGUGAAUUACGCCACGAAGGCAAAUUAAUAACAUAUAUGGAAAAAUAUUUUCCACUAAUACUUCGUCUUAACAAGUUGGGAUGCGAUAGGCAAUUUUUUGCGCUUGCUAUAGCGGAGGCAGUUCUCGGUGAAGACGAUCUUCGUUAUGCCUUGGAAAAAGUUUAUGAUCAUAUUCUGUACUCUGUGACUGAUGAAGUUUUUGCCGACGUUCCUGCGUUCUUUGCUAAUGUUUCUGAGACGAUUGCGGGGUUUUUUCGUUUUGUUCCAAUGUUUUCCACUUAUACCUUCAGAAGGAUGGAUUACUGCUUUGCUGACGCUCUUUAUUAUGAAAUUUGCAAGAGUCUUGCGGAACUAGGGGUUAGAAGCCAUCACCCCGAUAUUGUGGGUGCGUUUUGCUCUUUUUUUGAGGCCAUUGGCUUAAAACAUGUGGUGAAAAACUCGGGUGGGCGACCGCGAAUUAUUGACUCCGUUGGGAAAACAAUUGAGGCCUCUUCAGAGAAACUGAUAUUGUCAUUUCCGUUUCUUCCAUUUUUGGCACCAUUUGCGGCGGGAUUCCUUCCACAGAAGGAGGUGGAAUUUUUUGGGGAAGAAAAUUGGACAACGCAAGAGGUGGAAAGUAAACUUUCCGAGGUGCUAUCAACGUUUCGAGAAAACUUUCUUCUAACAGCUUCGGGAACGGAGAUGUCGUCUGAUCCUUUUUUCAAUCCGGGUCGCUGGCAUGCUGGGUCACGGCUUCGUUUUCUGGAGUAUGACAUGGAGGUAAAGGUGAUGGAAAGUGUGGAGAGCGGUUUGACAUUGUUGGAUGCUGUAAGCCCGUACCUGAAGUUGAAUGAUUGGGACUCAAGUGUUUCUUUGGCUUGGAUGCGCAAGCUCACUGGUGCAGUCGUAGGCACAAGAUUCUUUUAUGAUGCUGUCGACAGCUAUUUUAAGCUUCACUACCGUAACUCUGCUGCUGUGAAUGCAGCAUGCUUGGUUGCGAAUAAGUUCGCACCAUGGGAGGAAAUUUUUGGUAUACUACAAACUGCAUCUACUUUGUAUGUCAAUAAAUGCGGUGAAGAGUCUUCUGAUUUUUUGAUAUGGAUAAGAGAAGAGUUGGGCCCGCUGCUUUCACAGGGCAUCGUCUCUAUCCCUGCGUCGUAG